CUCCAGCUCCGAGACAUCUGCUCCCCUACUAACAACGGAGCGCGUCCCCGCGUCCCAGACCUGCGACCGAUCCCGUCUCCCGCGGUGCCCCGACCUCCUCCCCCUCCUCCUCCUCUUGCCCUCUUCCCCAGAAUUGGGAUCUCUCCGUUAUUUGUGUUAACUGCGGUGAUCAUGAGGAGCCACGGUGCCCUCCACGUUUCCCGGCUGUAGUUCUAACCUAACCAAAGCAAGCGCGUCCCUACUCCAUCACCCUCCCGUCCGUCCGAGAAGCGAGUAUCGCCCGCGGAGCGAGCAGCGGCCCCCGGUGCCAUCGAGCAGCACAUUUCUUUUUGUCUGUGCGCUCCGCAGGCUGCUGGCUGUGGGCUUCGCAUCCUCUCCGCUGCGGGCUACAUUGUUGUGAGAGAGGACAACGAAAGGCGGAUGAACCAAACAAAGAUCUCCAUGUCUGAUGUUUUAAAAACGCGUCAGCAGUCGGAUAUUUGACCACAUCUUUUUUUUUUAGUCUUUCUACGAGCUUUUUGGUUUGUGUUUUGGCACCAUGGAGUCGGUGGAGAAGGAGUGUGGAGCGCUGGGUGGAUUAUUCCAGGCCAUCGUGAACGACAUGAAGAGCUCUUACCCUGUGUGGGAAGACUUCAGUGCCAAGGCCACAAAACUGCACUCUCAACUCAGGACCACAAUUCUGGCAGCUGUGGCCUUUUUAGAUGCCUUUCAGAAGGUGGCGGACAUGGCCACCAACUCAAGAGGUGCCACCAGGGACAUUGGGUCAGCUCUGACAAGGAUGUGUAUGCGACAUCGCAGCAUUGAGGCAAAAUUACGCCACUUCACCAAUGCUCUUAUGGAAGGUCUGGUUACGCCACUUCAGGACAGGAUAGAGGAAUGGAAGAAGACAGCUAAUCAGCUGGACAAAGACCAUGCCAAAGAGUAUAAGCGGUCUCGUCAGGAAAUUAAAAGGAAGUCAUUAGACACCAUAAAACUCCAGAAAAAAGCAAGGAAAGGCAGGGGUAACCUGCGCCCCCAGCUGGACAGCGCCAUGCAGGACGUCAGUGAUUUGUACCUGCUGAUGGAGGAGACAGAGAAGCAGGCGGUGCGCAGAGCACUCCUGGAGGAGAGAGGGCGUUACUGUACAUUCAUUAACCUGCUGCAGCCUGUGGUGAAUGUGGAGAUUGCCAUGCUGGGAGAGAUAACACAUUUACAGCCCAUUGUUGAUGACCUCACUGUGUUGACUGAAGACCCACACAAGCUGCCCCCAGCCAGUGAGCAGGUAAUCCGGGACCUGAAAGGCUCUGACUAUAGCUGGUCCUAUCAGACCCCUCCCUCCUCCCCUAGCAGCACUGGCUCCAGGAAGAGCAGCAUGUGCAGUCUCCUUCAGAUGCCCUCUGCAGGUGCCCACCGACUCAGCAGCGUAUCCUCCCACGACUCAGGCUUCGUCUCCCAGGACGCCAACACCCACUCCAAGCCUCCGUCGCCCAUGCCCUCUGACAUCACCAGCCAGAAAUCAACAAGCUCAGCCUCCUCUGAGGCUUCAGAAACCUGCCAAUCUGUCAGCGAGUGCAACUCUCCUACAGCGUUUGGCUCAUGCUCAUCCUUCGGUACCUUCCGCCCUGCUUUCUCUCACACUGGCACCAUCAGGCCUCUCUCUGUCAUACUUCCUGCGUCCCCCACAUUUAACCACUCCCCUGGAUCCAACACCCCCUCACCCACAUCAAAGGUCCCUAGCUGGAAGGACUGGGCCAAACUGAGUUCCUGUGAGCAGUCGUUGGCCAGCACUCUGCAACGUAGGAGGGAGUCUGUGGAUAAGAUGAGAGAAAUGGAGGCUCCGCCCAGUCCACAGGCGUAUUCUGGGAUGCAAUCAGACGAUCCACACCGAGGGAGAAUUGGCCCAGCAGCCAAGCAUGGUGAGCCCCUCUCUCCAGCUGCCAGUACUCUAGCUAUGGUUCUGACCAGAGGUUUGAGUAUGGAGCAGCAGAAGAGCAGCAGGGACUCUCUGCAAUACUCCAGCGGCUAUAGCACCCAGACCAACACCCCAUCAUGUUCCGAGGACACCAUCCCAUCACAAGGUUCAGAUUAUGAGUGCUACUCUCUCAAUGGGGAUGCUGACAGUGAAGGGCAGGCAGACUUUGAUAAGUCCUCCACCAUCCCACGCCACAGUAACAUUGCUCAGAGCUACCGCCGCAUGAUCCAAACCAAGAGGCCUGCCAGCACAGCAGGUCUGCCUGCAGGUAAGUCCCUGCAGGGAACUUCAAAUGGUGCGGGGGGAAGCGGCUCUGGAGCGAUCGCCUCGGGGACGGCCACUAUUCGCCGGACACCAUCUUCCAAAACUGGCGUGAGACGCACACCGUCUACGUCUGGCCCAAUUCCCAUCCGACCCCCCAUUGUGCCAGUUAAAACUCCCACAGUGCCAGACUCCCCGGGGUAUGCCAGCCCUUCACAACAUCGUGUGGGCAGCGAGGAGUUUCUGUACGGUGAUGACCCAUCUUCUAGUGACUACAUGAAGGCUUCUCCAAAGCGCAUGAGUCUCCCUGACACAACUUGGGGGUGUGGAGGAGGAGGUGCUGACAGGACUGCGUACGCCCAGCAGGCCCCCGGCAUGGCCGCCCACGGUGCUGAGGAGGACCCUCUGCUGGCUGCCAACCGCCACAGCCUGGUUGAGAAGAUAGGAGAGCUGGCAGCCAGCGCCCACGCCCUCGGUGAGGGUCAGUUCCCCUUCCCCAGCUCACUGCCAGGGGACACGGCUCAGUGUCCGCCCCAGGGGCUGUCCUCUGCAACCCAGGAGGACGUGGAUAUGCUGGUUUCGAUACGCCGUGGAGUGAAGCUCCGCAAGACAGUUACUGAUGACAGGUCAGGUCCCAGGUUCCUGCGGUAGCUGAGGGAGAAGAAGGCUGUGAAGAAGCAGCUGUGGUUAUCUUAUUUACAAACUGAAGCUCUGUAGUGAAAUGCAACCGCACUCAUGUAAUACAUGAACUGAGGCACAAGUAAUAAAGAGGAUGUAACGUGUGGUGAAUGAAGGCCAGUCGACAGAUUAAUGAGUGACCAUGGACAGUGUCAAGUCAUUUCAUUUUAUGUCAUGUAUGUAUUGCGUACGUACAAAGUAAUCCAUAUUUUUUUGGUUUUUACUCUUUUGUUUUGUUUUUUGUUUUUUUUUUUCGUCUGUGGGCUUCGUGGCUGUGCAUCUCUGCUCCCUGUGUGACCAGUUGUUUCAGCCUUGUUGGUCCCUUUAGACCCGGUGAUGAAGACAUCACUGCUGUAUGUACACCACGGGACCGAACGCUCUGUGUCUUUGUUCUUGCUCUUAUGAUUAUUAUAAUAUUGUGCGUUUCUUAAUUAACACAGCCACCUGUCAGUGGAGAGUGAUGGGCGAAGUGCUCUGUGAGCCUGUCUGUAUGUUGUGUUUCUCAUCAUUACUGUAUAAGUACCGUAUUACUGUUUUGUUUCAUAAGCUGAACAGCAGCUGUGUAAGUCAUGUAAAAUAGGAGCAAUAUGGCAGUGUUUUUAUUGCUGUACUGUACUGUCAAUAUAUUCUGCAAUUAAACAGGCUUUCUACU